UUCGACUGCCGACCAAAACCAGAGACCGACGCACUUGGGUUCCUCCCCGAGUCUCACACACCCAUCUCCACACACUUCACGAAUUCCAUAGUCGGAACCCCAAGCAGCAUCAUGAAAGGAAGUUCUGCGCUCGCGCUCCUAGCCUCCAUGGCGACGGUCAACGCCUUCUUGGCGCCCGGUGCCGUGCCCCGCCCGUCGUCUGGCCUACGGAUGUCGGCCAGCGAGAAGGUCGAGAACGUUGCAUCCAGCGUCGUGGAUGCCAACGACCUCAACGUCCGCAAGCCGCCGGGCGACGUCAAGCUCGACCAGGGUGUGAUGGACCGGUACAUGGCCUUGCCGCAAGGCACCCGCGUGCAGGCCGAGUACGUGUGGAUCGGGGGCACCGGCCUCGACCUCCGCUGCAAGACCCGCACCCUCGAGGAGAAGCCCGGCGCCGUCAACGACCUGCCUUUGUGGAACUACGACGGCUCGUCCUGCGGCCAGGCGCCCGGGGACGACAGCGAGGUCAUGCUCCGGCCGGUCAAGAUCUACCCGGACCCCUUCCGAGGUGGGGACAACAUCAUCGUGCUGUGCGAGACGUGCCUGCCUACGGGCGAGCCGAUCCCCUCCAACACCCGCGCCAAGGCGCGCGCGUCCUUCGACGCGGCCCCCGGUCUGGAGCCGUGGUUCGGCAUCGAGCAGGAGUACACCCUCUUCGACAAGGACAUGGUGACCCCUUUCGGGUGGCCUAAGGACGGCGAGCCGGGACCCCAGGGGCCCUACUACUGCUCCGUCGGCUUCGAGAACGCCUACGGCCGCGGUGUCGCCGAGGCGCACUACCGCGCUUGCAUGUACUCGGACAUCCCCAUCUCCGGCAUCAACGCGGAGGUCAUGCCCGGACAGUGGGAGUACCAGGUCGGCCCGGCGGUGGGCAUCAACGGCGCCGACGACCUCGUGAUGUCGAGGUUCCUGCUUCAGCGCGUUGCGGAGGACCUCCAGGUUGCCGUCUCCCUCGACCCCAAGCCCAUCCCCGGAGACUGGAACGGAGCCGGGUGCCACACGAACUUCUCCACCGAGAAGAUGCGCCAGGAGGGGGGUUACAAGGAGAUCGUGGAGGCGGUCGAGAAGCUGGGGAAGCGCCACAAGCAGCACAUCGAGGCCUACGGCGAGGCAAGCGUGCUGGGAGACGGCUACGGCAGCGGUGUUCUACUCUUGAGUGCCAAGUCGGGUAACGAGCGCCGCCUCACCGGCCUCCACGAGACCGCCAACAUGAACACCUUCAAGUACGGCGUCGCCGACCGGGGAGCGUCCAUCCGCAUCCCCCGCGCGGCCGAGGCGGAGCAGAAGGGAUACUUUGAGGACCGCAGGCCGUCAUCGAACAUGGACCCUUACGUGGUGUGCGGAAUGAUCUUCGACACGACCUGCGUGUGGGAUGGAAAGGACGAGUAAAAAAAACACAUCAUAUGGUCCAUCCAGUCUUGAGAAAAGUACUCCACGGACACGAUUGCGAAAGAGGCUCUUCCUCGCAGCAGAUUAAGCACGUAGAGACUACUAUUUCGACCGCAGUACGCAGCAGCUUGUUGUGGAUACGGCGGGAGGUCGGGGUGAUGACCUAUCUUUUGGUCGGUGGGCGGACUGAGGGCCUUGCUGCCCUCACCCAUUGGUGGAUGGUUUCGGGGAACUGGCUAGCAUUCAGCGAAACCAGCAGGUUUGAGAAAAUUGCGAGGAUGAGGGAAGAAAUGAACAAGAAUCGCUGCGUCUACGACCAGCACGUAUUUAGACACAAGGGGGCGGCAGGGGUAGGUCACGCUCUUUGUUUGCUCGGGUGAGGGGAGGGGGGAUACACCGCAUUUGUUGUUUUUUGGCUAACAGGGAUCGUCGAGUGAUGGUUCAAAGAACGACCUAGUGACCUAGAGUAGAGGACGUUGUUCCUGUUUUUCGUGUUGGCGCAUGCUGGUCGUGCCCCCCUCCCUUCCCCUCCUAAACUUAAAGAGUACUUAGAGCGUGGUUUCGGUAUUUGCUUGCCCUUUUCCCUCUGUUUGGCUGUUUUUGACUCGUUCUGUUUAAGUGCUUGGCAUUGGGAUCCCAAUUAAUUAUUGAUGGUUGUUUGGUGGACACUCCUGCAGCGGGUCGUUCAAAAUUCGACGUUCUUAGAAGGUUGUUGCAUGUUGUACGUAAAGUUUCGAGAAGCCAAAAAAAUGAGAGAAAUCGGCGGGAGGGGGUUGGGAGGUCGUGUCAAGAACUCCAUGGGGAAGAAGGCGAAAAAGAGGUGGCACUGUUGGUGGUAGACAAGUUUGUAGUACAUUCGCACCCACAUGAAAUACUGUCUUGAGCAAGGCAUUGCGGAAAUGACGCCCCCGCCGCCCCCCCUAAGAUAUGUUAUUUCUUUUGUCGUAUCCCCAAUCGGGUUUCCUCUCAGUCAGGGAGGCGAUUGUGUCCUUUGGUGCCAAACUUCGGCGAGAGAAAAUAGUCUCCUUCAUCAGGAAGACAGACGGCUGGGAAAGGAAAAAAACUUGUGGCAGUUUGAGUGGAAAUGGAAUUAGAAACGAGUCGUAGUGCGUUGUGGUCCUGCCUGCCCAAAAUAUAGAGCAAAGGCAAAGACUAAAAUGACGCUCUCGAGUCGGUCAACAGCAGUGUGGGAGGAGACGUUGUUUUGUUGUCGACGGUCGGUGCCCUUUCCUCUCUCCUUGGACCUACUUGCCAGUUGGCGCGAUCGAUGGGGGCGUCGGUUAUUGUGUAAAGAGGGGGAAUAGAAAACGAGGUGAUUUUUCCUGCGAAAGCAAAUGGAGGUUGGUGGUACAUUACAAGUUUCCACACUCAGGUCCGAGAGCGCCCGCACUUCUGCAACAACUUGGCAAUCAAUUACUCUCGAA